AUGCCUCCAGUCCGCACAUCCCGCAACCGCAAACCACCCCCAGCGGGCUUUGACGACAUCGAAGACACUCUUUUAGAGUUCAGCAAUAAAAUGAAAGAUGCUGAAAAUGCGCCACACGAGGGAAAGAAGAAACAUGAGGUUUUGUGGCCUAUAUUUCAGAUCAGUCAUCAACGCUCAAGGUACAUCUAUGACCUUUACUACGAAAAAGAGGCCAUAUCGAAGCAGCUCUACGACUGGCUCUUAAAGAAUGGGUACGCAGAUGCGAACCUGAUUGCAAAGUGGAAGAAGCAGGGAUAUGAAAAGGGAAACCAAUUUUAA